UCAUCCGGGCUGCUUGCCGAAGCGGAGGUGGAUUCCACACCACAGAGCCUCUGAAGCGGGUCCCAGCUUCGACAUACAGGACGUGUGUAUUCUAUGCAUCCCAUGCACUGGCAUGUGUCGUGCUCCGACGAGGAGGGCAGCUUCCGCCUGUAUUUGCAAAGUGGCUCUUCGGUGCCUGGUCCUGUAGGAGAGCCUGCCAGAAAGUACUGCGACCUUUGCCCUCUAGCAGCUCAGCCAGUAAAAAGCAGUCUCACCUGUCCAGCCCCAUUGCAGCCUGGUUAAGUGGCCUGUCUUUGGGAGAUCCGGCGCCUGAACACAGGUCCCCAUCCCACCUCCGCCAGCCCUCCGACACCUCCGAGACAGCAGGCCUUGUUCAGCGCUGUGUCAUCAUCCAGAAGGACCAGCAUGGCUUUGGCUUCACGGUCAGUGGGGACCGUAUCGUUCUGGUGCAGUCUGUGCGGCCUGGCUUGUCUUCCUGUCUGAGGGUGACGCUCCGAAAAGAUGCUUCUAUUCUCCGCUUCCCUCAUUCUCUCUGUCCCUGGACUGGGGAGACGGCGCUGGUAGGAGCACGGCUGCCGUCUUUGCCUCUGCGGUCGCCUCGGGUGCAGCUCGCACAGCCCGGAGUCCUGAGCACGGUCAGACCCGAGAUCAGACAGCAGAAAGGUGGCUCGCUGGUGCAACCUGAGUUUGGAAAGGGAGGGGCAGCCAUGAGAGCUGGUGUCAAAGAGGGCGACCGGAUCAUCAAAGUCAAUGGCACCAUGGUGACCAACAGCUCACACCUGGAGGUGGUGAAGCUUAUCAAAUCUGGCGCCUACGUCGCACUGACCCUCCUGGGCUCUUCCCCCUCGUCCGUCGGUGUCUCUGGGCUGCAGCAGGACCCUGCCCCCACCGGAGCCCCCCGAGUAGCACCUGUGGUCCCACCGCCGCCUCCGCCCCCGCCUCUGCCCCCCCCGCAGCGCAUCACGGGGCCCAAACCACUGCAGGAUCCCGAAUUCCAAAAACAUGCCACCCAGAUCCUUCGCAAUAUGCUGAGGCAGGAGGAAAAGGAGUUACAGCGUAUCUGUGAGGUAUACAGCCGGAAUCCCGCCAGCCUGCUGGAGGAGCAGAUCGAAGGUGCCCGGAGGCGUGUCACUCAGCUCCAGCUGAAGAUCCAGCAGGAGACGGGUGGCUUUGUGGACAUACCCCCCCUAUAUGGUGACACCAGCCAGAGAGCAUCAGAAGGCCAGCUCUCUCUGGACUGCCAGGAGGGGGACAGUGGCUUGGACGCUGGGACGGAGCACUUCCCCUCCCUCAGUGAGGCGCUGAUGAAUCGGAACUCGGCACUGUCAGACCCUGGGCUGGACAGUCCCCGAACCUCACCUGUGAUCAUGGCCAGGCUGGCCCAGCACCACCGGCGGCAGGGCUCAGACGCACCAGGGCCUGGCCCCAGCGAGCAGAGCGCAGACCAGAGCCCGAAGCCUUUAAUUAUUGGCCCAGAGGAAGAUUAUGACCCGGGUUAUUUCAACAACGAGAGCGACAUCAUCUUCCAGGACCUUGAGAAGCUGAAGGCACGGCCCGCUCACCUGGGCGUUUUCCUGCGGUACAUCUUCUCUCAGGCCGACCCCAGUCCGCUGCUUUUUUACCUGUGUGCAGAAGUUUACCAGCAGACAAACCCCAAGGAUUCCCGAAGCUUAGGAAAAGACAUCUGGAAUAUUUUCUUAGAGAAAAAUGCGCCGCUGAGAGUGAAAGUCCCGGAGGUGUUGCAGGCUGAAAUUGACUUGCGUCUGCGCGGCAGUGAGGACGUCCGCGCCGCACUCCGGGAAGCACAGGAGGCGGCCAUGCCCGAGAUCCAGGAGCAGAUCCAGGACUACAGAACAAAGCGCACCCUGGGGCUGGGUAGUCUGUACGGUGAGAAUGACCUGCUGGACCUGGAUGGGGACCCUGUCCGAGAACGCCAAGUGGCCGAGAAGCAGCUAGCCGCCCUGGCAGACAUUCUGUCCAAGUACGAGGAGGACAGGAGUGCCCCCAUGGAUUUCGCUCUCAAUACCUAUAUGGGCUACGCCGGGCUCCGUCUCCGAGAGGCACGGCCUUCCGGCACAGCUGAAAAGGCCCAGGCAGCUCCUGACAAGGACAAGUGGCUGCCCUUCUUCCCAAAGACCAAGAAGAGCAGCAAUUCCAAAAAAGACAAGGAUGCCUUGGAGGACAAGAGGCGAAACCCUAUCCUCAAGUACAUCGGGAAGCCCAAAAGCUCUUCGCAGAGCACAUUUCAUAUUCCCUUGUCCCCUGUGGAAGUCAAACCAGGCAACGUGAGGAACAUCAUUCAGCACUUUGAGAACAACCAGCCGUAUGACGCCCCGGAGCCUGGGACGCAGCGGCUCUCCACAGGAAGCUUCCCUGAGGACCUGCUGGAGAGCGACAGCUCACGCUCAGAGAUCCGCCUGGGCCGCUCUGAGAGCCUGAAGGGCCGGGAGGAGCUGAAGCGGUCCCGGAAGGCAGAGAACGUGCCCCGCUCUCGCAGUGACGUGGAUAUGGACGCGGCCGCAGAGGCUGCCCGCCUCCACCAGUCAGCCUCGUCCUCUGCCUCCAGCCUCUCCACCAGGUCUCUGGAGAACCCAACCCCUCCCUUCACCCCCAAAAUGGGCCGCAGGAGCAUCGAGUCCCCCAGCCUGGGGUUCUGCACAGACGCCCUCCUCCCCCACCUCCUAGAGGACGAUCUGGGCCAGCUCUCGGACCUGGAGCCAGAGCCGGAUGCCCAGAACUGGCAGCACACGGUGGGCAAGGACGUGGUGGCCGGGCUAAGCCAGAGGGAGAUUGACCGGCAGGAGGUCAUCAAUGAGCUGUUUGUGACGGAAGCCUCCCAUCUGCGCACGCUCCGGGUCCUGGACCUGAUCUUCUACCAGCGGAUGAAGAAGGAGAACCUGAUGCCCCGGGAGGAGCUGGCCCGGCUCUUCCCCAACCUGCCCGAGCUCAUGAUCCAUAAUUCCUGGUGCGAGGCCAUGAGGAGGCUCCGAGAGGAGGGCCCCAUUAUCAGAGACAUCGGUGACGUCAUGCUGGCUCGGUUUGACGGCCCCGGCCGGGAGGAGCUCCAGCAGGUGGCUGCCCAGUUCUGCUCCUAUCAGUCCAUCGCCCUGGGGCUCAUCAAGACCAAGCAGCGCAAGGAGAGCCGCUUCCAGCUCUUCAUGCAGGAGGCCGAGAGUCACCCCCGGUGCCGGCGGCUGCAGUUCAGGGACCUCAUCGUGUCCGAGAUGCAACGGCUCACCAAGUACCCGCUGCUGCUGGAGAGCGUCCUCAAGCACACGGAGGGUGGCACCGCCGAGCAUGAGAAGCUCUGCCGGGCGCGGGACCAGUGCCGGGAAAUCCUCAAGUAUGUGAACGAGGCGGUGAAGCAGACGGAGAACCGGCACCGACUGGAGGGCUACCAGAAACGCCUGGACACCACGUCCCUGGAGAGGGCCAGCAACCCCCUGGCAGCAGAGUUCAAGAGCCUGGAUCUUACAGCCAGAAGGAUGGUCCAUGAGGGGCCCCUGACCUGGAGAAUCAGCAAGGAUAAGAGCUUGGACCUGCACGUGCUGCUGCUGGAGGAUCUCCUGGUGCUGCUGCAGAAGCAGGAUGAGAAGCUGCUGCUCAAGUGUCACAGCAAGACGGCCGCAGGCUCCGCGGACAGCAAGCAGACCUUCAGCCCUGUCCUCAAGCUCAACGCCGUGCUCAUCCGCUCCGUGGCCACAGACAAACGAGCCUUCUUCAUCAUCUGCACCUCGGAGCUGGGCCCCCCCCAGAUCUAUGAGCUGGUGGCACUGACGUCGUCAGACAAGAACACGUGGAUGGAGCUCUUGGAGGAGGCCGUGCGGAACGCCACCCGGCGCCCGGGAGCUGCCCCUGCACUCGCCCAUCCCCCGCCCCUGGGCGCCCGGGAGCCAGCGCAGCAGAGCCCCACCCCCAGCAGGGUCCGGCUGGAUGGCUCAGAAGUGUUCCACAGUGAACCAGAGCCCGGGGAGCUGCCCGGAGGCACUGGGCCCCAGCAGAGGGUUGAGGGGAAGCACGCGGGCCUCCUAGACGAUCCCGAGCAGGAAGGCAGCUUCGAGGGGGAGCUGGGUGCCCUGCCUCACCCCUCCGCAUCCCUGGAUGGAGAGAACAGGGGAGGCCGGACGAGAGACCCCAUCCUCCUCCCCCUCCCCGGUCCUCUGUUCAUGGAAGGGCUCGCUGACUCAGCCCUGGAAGACGUGGAGAGCCUGCGGCACCUGAUUCUGUGCGGCCUGCUGCCCGGUCGCCGCCCCGAAGCGCAGCCCGCCGGGGAGCCCGACGACGGCCUGACGCCUGCGCCUUCUCUCGGGAGCAGCAGCCGGCGCCCCGGGGACCCAAGCGCCCCAGGGCACGGCCCCCCCGGGGGUGAAGGGCUAGAGCAGGAGGACGUGGCUCUCCGUUCUCUGGAACAGCUGCCCCCACGGGCCAGGAAUUCCGGGAUCUGGGAGUCUCCCGAGCUGGACAGGAACCGAGAGGAAGAGGCUUUAAGCACCGAGGCGUCAGGAAGUUACAAAGUCGUGAGAAAAGGUAACGUACGUCGGGACAUCCGCGUGGAGACGAGUCUUCCAGAUGGCUCUUUACCCCGGAAGCCACGUGGGCAGGGGCUCGCGCGGGGUCCUGGCAGGAGUCGCUGGUGCCUCACAGAUUGGGGUCGGACAGCCGAGCUUCAGAGCCCGUCCCCUAACGUCUGCAUGACCCUUAACAAAAUGCUGCGCCCCCCUCCGAACGUGACCAUAGCACGAGGACGUCCGCACUGCCUGGCACAAGCCAGCUGUCCAUGAGCGCUUCCGCUCGGAGUCCUCAGGAAACCAUGUGGCUCUCCUCACACCUGAUGCGGGCCGAUGCUCACGGCCUCACCGAGGGCCCUCGCGGCACGGGGGUGCGUGGCGAGCCGACGUGGCGGGGGAGAGCACCCUGGCUUCGGGAGGCCAUGGGCAGUGUCAAGCCCGAAGAGCAAAGAGCAGCUAGGAUGGGGUUUCAGGAUGGCUUUGGGCAGAGCCGUGAGCCUGAGGGACGGACGUCCCCGGAGCAGUGGGAGGAGGCCUGCAGGAUGGAGUGAAGCGUGAAGCAGGUGCUCCGGCCCGGGGUGGGGUCCGUCCUUCGCUGCACUUCUCACCCUGUCUGCCCGAGGUCUGCCCCCUCUCCUGGUUUCUGGGACUGACCUUCCUUCUCUGCCCCUCGGUGAACUGGUGGAUGGCUUCUCUGCAGCCCCCUGGGCAUCUUCACUGCAAUCUGUGUUCACUUUGUUGUCCCUUCUUUUUCUCCCCCUGCUGCCUUUGCCCUCCUUCCUGCGCCCCCUCCCCUUCCUGCUCCCCCUCUCCUCCUCUGCCCCCCUUCCUUGCUCUCCUCCCCUUCGGUGCUCC